AUGGUCGCGUCUUUAGAGUCCACGCCGUACAAACAAGCGGCCUGGGACAGUUUGCUGUACGAUGUUCCUUUGGCUGAAAGUGCAUUAGACUACAUACCCAUAACCAAUAGCACGGCUCAGGAUGCAGAGAAUAUCCUGAUGGUGGUGGAUGGCAUGCUUGCUGCUGCUAGGGAUGCGGUGGAAUCAA